AUGGAACCUUGGGGAUAUUUAAAAUCGCUCACCCCCACAUACCCAAACGUCCUCCUCACAACGAGUGUGACCACAAUAGGUCGUAACAACAAAGUUUGUAAACUGACUGACCCGAACUUUAGCUCCCGUCACUGUAAAAUUGAACGUGAGACCAUUGGUAAAGAGGCCAUCUUUAAGUUGGAAGAUCUUUCCACAAAUGGGACUUACCUCAACAAACGCCACAUCCAGAAAGGUGAAUCUGUAGUUCUGCGCGUGUACGACGAGAUUACUCUUCUUGAUCCAAAAGCCAUGAAAGACAAAUGUGUGACAUACACUUUUAUUGACAACGACUUUGAACGCAAAGAGAUCGAGUUAGGAGGGGCACAGACCAAAUACGACUUUUUGGAGUUUUUAGGGAAAGGCAACUUUGGUGUUGUCAAAAAGGUUCGUAACAUCGAAACAGGCAAAAUAUGUGCGAUGAAGAUCAUUGACAUUUCAAGUGCGCGCGAGAAGGGAGAAGACAAUUUGAUUCGAAGAGAGUGUGACAUCUUAAGACAAGUCGACCAUCCUUCUAUCAUCAAAUUGUACGACGUUUUUGAGACUCGAAUGUAUGUGUACAUAGUCAUGGAAUAUAUUGGGGGUGGCAACUUAUUUCAAGCCAUCAUUCUUUCACACAAACACUACGAAGACACAAGAAAACAAGAGGUGACGACACUUGAAAACACUUUGAAGGCUACGACCGACCCAGCGAUGAAACAGAAAUUGCAGAAUAGUCUUGGAGAGAUCAUUCGAGAUAUCAACGAGACGGGGUUUUCCGAGGAAGUGACAUUACUUAUUAUGAAACAAGUAUUAGAAGCCUUAGUGUAUCUCCAUGCUAAAGGUAUUAUUCAUAGAGACUUAAAAUUGGAGAAUGUCAUGUGGACAGGAAGUGGGUACGAAAUUCGAGUCUCCGACUUUGGACUGGGAAGAACGGUUGGGAAGAACUCGAGGGCGGAAACCAUUUGUGGCACUCAAAUCUUCACCCCACCAGAACUGUAUUCGGGAAAAACUUAUGAUGGUACUAAAAUGGAUGUGUACAGCUGCGGAGUCAUGGUAUAUAUGAUGCUCACUUCCCAAUUCCCAUUCGAUAUGAAAAUGCAAAGCUCCGAACUCGUGCAAAAAAUAAUAAAGGGGGAAUUCAUCCCAAGAGCUAAAUUCACUAAGGUCUCACCAGAAGUGGUGGAUCUCAUGCAAAAUAUGCUCCUCGGAAAUCCAGAAAAAAGAUUCUCCGCAGCACAAUGCCUUCAACACGAAAUAUUCACACGAAAACACUGA